AUGCCACCCUACAAGGCGCUAUUUCUUGGCGCCUGCGCUGUAGGCUACUUUGCUACCAACUACAACACUUCCUAUACCACUGACAUUCCCUCUGAUUUCACCAAAACAAAAUCCAUGAAAAUAGUCAAUCCUAAUUUUAAACGCUUCACAUCCGAAAUCUUUUCGUAUGAAUUUGACACCAAAAAAUCAAAUGAACAAGUGUUGGCUAGCUUUACAAAAGGGUUUUUCAGCGGCCCAUCAAUGUUCUUGGAAAGAUUGAUUCUAUGUACUUUUUUGAAAGGAAAGGGCCAAAUAACCGCGUUCACAAGUUUGAACGAUAUUGAUUUUUCUGCUAAAAAACCACUUUUUAUUGCACCUUUUGCAAUUUUCCCUGAAGAUAAAUCAAGGAAAAUAAUAUGGAACUCAAACGAAAUUCCCACCAACAACUUAUUGCAGAAAGGAACGUUGGUCUAUGGAACAUUUAAUCUCAUUGGUUGCGAAAAAGAUUCCAAUUCUUGGUCAGCAGAUUUCGCAUUCGGAUCGGAUGUUAACCAAUUUUCCGGAUUCCAUAGAUUCAAAGUGAUAAGAACGGCACGUGACCGCAUGCGCGUGACCUUCCAAGGAACUAUCUGCAAUCCCGUUGAAGACGCCGACCCCCCAAUCCAGAUUUUGAGACUAAUACACUACUUUUACGCCAAGUCGUUGUUCAAUGAUGCUAUACGACAAAUGAAAAGUUAG